AUUGGGACGCAGGCGCGACCACAGGGACCACUCCCCCUACACAGACAUGAGACCAUAGGGGAGUUGUCUGGGUGGCCUCAAGGAUAGGCGCUCCCCGAGGUGUGAAUGAGGCAGGAUGAACUGGACAGGUUUGUACACCUUGCUCAGUGGAGUGAAUCGGCAUUCUACUGCCAUUGGCCGAGUAUGGCUCUCCGUCAUCUUCAUCUUCAGAAUCAUGGUGCUGGUGGUGGCUGCAGAGAGCGUAUGGGGUGAUGAGAAGUCUUCUUUCAUCUGCAACACCCUUCAGCCUGGCUGCAACAGCGUCUGCUAUGACCAGUUUUUCCCCAUCUCCCACGUGCGCCUAUGGUCCCUGCAGCUUAUCUUGGUUUCCACCCCAGCUCUCCUCGUGGCAAUGCAUGUGGCUCACCAACAGCAUAUAGAAAAGAAAAUGUUGCGGCUCGAGGGGCAUGGGGACCCUCUUCACCUGGAAGAGGUGAAGAGGCACAAGGUGCAUAUCUCGGGGACACUGUGGUGGACCUAUGUCAUCAGCGUGGUGUUCCGGCUGCUGUUCGAGGCCGUCUUCAUGUAUGUCUUCUAUCUGCUCUACCCCGGCUAUGCCAUGGUGCGGCUGGUCAAGUGUGAGGCCUACCCUUGCCCCAACACAGUGGACUGCUUCGUGUCCCGCCCCACUGAGAAAACCGUCUUCACUGUCUUUAUGCUCACUGCCUCCGGCAUCUGCAUUAUCCUCAACGUGGCGGAGGUGGUGUACCUCAUCAUCCGGGCCUGUGCCCGCCGUGCUCAGCGCCGCUCCAAUCCGCCUUCUCGCAAGGGCUCCGGCUUCGGCCACCGCCUCUCACCUGAAUACAAGCAGAAUGAGAUCAACAAGCUGCUGAGCGAGCAGGAUGGCUCUCUGAAAGACAUACUGCGUCGCAGCCCUGGCACCGGGGCCGGGCUGGCUGAGAAGAGCGACCGAUGCUCAGCCUGCUGAUGCCCUGUACCAGGCAACCUCCCAUCCCACCGUUCCCUCAUCCAGCCCAGGCCUGCCCCUCCUUUUAAUAAUCCCUAUGCCUGCUAGGGAUUAUUCCAUCAAAACCCUCCCUCCCUCCCUGCUCCCCUUCCUCAGAGAGUCUUCUGUCUAAGAACUGGCUGGCUGGGGAGUGGGGAGCCACUUCUGCACCAGGGCUCAAGGUUACUGAGGGUGUGGGCAGUUCUUUCUGCCUAUAUUCCUUCCUCUCCCCUCUCCCUUUCUCUGAGAUGAGAGAUGAGAUGCCCUGCUGGUGUUUCCAAUUAUGAAACUAAUCUUAACCCCCAUGCUGUCAGGUAUCCCACUUUGGGAGUCACAUCAGGGGGGAAGGGGUGUGGGCAAGGGGAGUGAAGGAGGGGCUCUGCAUCACGGGUGGAGAAACGAGGGGAGCAAGCACAGAAAAAGGAAGAACAGUGCUUAUCUUGCUGCCUGUCACAAGGAAAAGGGAGAACGUGUCUAGGGUGAGGGAGUUACACGGAGGGAGAAACAGGCAGAUAAAUUGGAGGAAAGGCUGGUCAGGGCUGCCCCCAGUCCCCAGUUCCCAAGGCCUCUCUCUCUCUGCAAAUGUUACACAUUAAACAGGAUUUUACAGUAAACGAA